AUGGUUGGCCGUCUCGAGGGCAAAGUAGCCAUUGUGACCGGUGGAGGCAGCGGUUUUGGCACAGGCAUCGCAACCAAACUCGUCCAGGAAGGGGCGAAAGUCCUGAUUAGCGAUCUCAACGAGGAUGCCGCCUCCAAAGUUGCUUCGUCGCUCGGUAUCGAGUAUCUUGUUGCCAAUGCAGCGAAGCGCAGCGACUGGGAGUCGCUGCUGAAGAAGGCUGUUGAUACUUUCGGGGGCAUAGACAUCAUCGUCAAUAAUGCCGGAACCACGUACAAGAACAAGCCAACCGAGACGGUCACCGACGAAGACUUCGAUCUCGUCUUUGAUGUCAACGUGAAAAGCGUGUAUCUCUCAACCAGUGUUCUGUUGCCCUACUUUCUUGAAAACAAUCGACCGGGGGUGUUUAUCCAGAUCGCCUCAACUGCAGCUCUCAGACCGCGCCCCGGACUCACGUGGUAUAAUAGCUCUAAAGCAGCUGUCAGCAAUGCAACGAAGACGAUGGCUGUAGAAUAUGGUCCAAAGAAGAUCAGGUUUAAUGCGGUUUGCCCAGUUGUGGGAAGCACAGGAUUGACACAUUUGUUCAUUGGCAAGCCAGACACUGAGGAGAACCGCGCGGGCUUUGUUUCGACCAUACCUUUGGGUCGAGGCAGUACACCCAAGGACGUUGCAAAUGCCGUGGCAUACCUUGCUAGCGAUGAAGCAGAAUUCAUCACAGGAGUCAACCUUGAGGUCGACGGCGGUAGAUGUGUUUGA